GCGAGCAAUCUCAGGCUAGUGCGCGCGCGGUGAAAGAUCGCUCCCCCUUCGUUUUGUUUGCGUUCUUCCCCCAGCGCCAACCGCGCCCUCGUGGCCCAGGCGGCCGCGAUGAAGGCGACCAGAGCUCUGCUCCGGGUUCCUCGGCGGGCGGCCCACCCAGGGCCUGCGGCAGCUCUGUCGGCCGACGGCUCCCGCGGCGGCGAGUCGCGGGUCACGGUCAAACCCUUCGGCCAGAUGCCCCGCGUGCCGUCGUUCCCGCUGGUUGGCAGCUCGUGGAUCUACUGGCCCUUCGUCGGCAAAUACCACCCGGACCGGCGGCACGAGGCGGCGCUGGACAUGCACCGCCAGUACGGCCCCAUCGUGGCUGAGAAGCUGCCCGGCCGCUACUCGCUGGUGCACCUGUUCAGCGCCGACGAUUUUCACGCGCUCUACCAGCACGAGGGCAAGACGCCCUUCCGCAUGGGGGUCACGGCCUUCAAGAAGUACCGCAGCAGCCGGCCCGAGUACUACAAGAACAUCGGCAUCCUGAACAUGUGA